AAUAAAUAAAAUAAAGGUAUUGACAACUACAACUAAAAAAUAAAUAUUAAGAAAAAGAAUAUCCCCAUUUUGCCUGCGUCCUCCAGGAGCCGUCCUAUCUCCUCGUACCUAGCAUCCAAGGAAAUGUGCACCGCUGGAGUGGAAAUGGGCAGAGCGAUGGUGGUCACGCUGGGGCUGGGGCUGCUGCUUCUGGCACUGCUCCUACCCAUGCAGAUUUAUUCAAACCAGACAGCUGUUGUGACACUUUCAAGUAACUCCUCACAGAGUACCUCUGCUGCUCCCAAUUCAACACCCAGCACAGGUGGCAGUGCCCUGCAGUCAACAGCGAGUCUCCUUGUGAUCUCGCUCUCUCUUCUACAUCUCUACUGUUAGAUACUCAGGCCAAGAAAUGUCUCUACUUCCCCAUCUUCCAAACCCAAUCAGAAUGGUGACUAGAAGUCCAGUGUGUCAAGGAAGAAGUUGGUCUGCAUCAAAUCUGUCAAUUCCACACCUGAUUUUAUUGGCACAGAAAACACUGAGAAUUACAAAUUGAUUGGUUUGAAGGACAUGUGAAGGGUUUCACAAGUGAUGAAUGCCAAUAUUAAAUCUGCUGGAGUUUCAUGUGCAAGAUAAAAAGAGAUAACAUCCAAAAUUGAGACAUGAUUUCCUUGAAUGAGGCAUAAGAAAUAUGGACAUUUAAAACUCUAUCUUGAAAACAAGAAUAGAUUUUGUCUAGAGAUAAAGGAUGGAAUAUGGAAUGGAGAUUUCAGUUUUUAUUUGGUUCAUGAAAUCUAUAAGGCCAUAAAACAGGUAAUAUAAAAAGCUUCCAUGAUUCUAUUUAUAUGUACAUUAGAGGGAACUUCCAGGUGUUACUGUAAAUCCUCAAUGUAUUGUUUCAGCAGUACUAAUUUAAUGCAAAUAUAUUCUAGAAAAAGUUUCACAUUGUUAAGCUAUUUCUGUUCCUUUGGGAACUGAACUCUUUCCUCUGUGGUUUUUGAAUUUGACAUUAUGUUUGAACUUUUAUGUAGUAAUUGACAUGUGCCAGGGCAAUGAUAGAUUGGAACCCACCCCAAAUCCAGGCAUCAGGAGUCUUGCUUAUCCUCACAAAGUCAAAUGGUAGGCAUCUCCCAUCUCCUAUUUUCAUUCAACAAGAGUGCCAGAUUCCUUUAGCUAAACUGAUUCCACAGAGUAGAAUUGCAUUGACCUCAACUAAUUUCAGAAUGCUGCUUUUUAUUUCUACAUUUGUUGAAUACGUUUCACAAUUGAAAAUGGUCCACUUUGAAGGUAAAAUGGCAAAUCUUGAAAUUAGAAACGCAACUAUGUGAAGAAGCCAAAUUUAUAAAUCAUCAUUUGGGAAGUGAAGACUGGAAGCUAGCUUGCAUAUUAAAUUCACAAAAACUUUCAUACUUUUUCUGUAAAUACUUUUUUUUAAACUAUGGAUCAGAAUAGCCAUAUUUGGAACACUUGCUGUUAUUAGUCAAUAUUUUUAGGUAGUUAGAACCUGAUCCUAAGCUUAAAAGUGGUCUUGAUCCUCUAAAUCUUUUACAACUGCCUUGAUACACAGAAAUCUUUUGAAAAAUACACUCUCCCUGAAAUCUUUUGUUCACAUGGUCACACAUUGAUGCUUACAUGUUCCAGUAUCUAAUAUGGCCACCGCAGUCUUGAUAACCCAAAUCAUUUUUCUCAUCUUUAGAAACCUACACGGAACAACCAGAUCAAACAGAUCUAAAGCUACUGUGUGUGUGAAUGAAUACGCCCCUUUGCUUCAUACCUGAAUGCUGUACAUCUAUGUAGAUUGUAUAUUGUGUUUGUGUAUUUAUGCUUUGAUCCAUAGUAACUUCUCAUGUUAUGGAGUUGAUUUGCAUUGAACACAAACUGUAAAUAAAAAUAAAUAAAUGGCUGAAAGAGG